AUGGCCCGGUGCACCGGGACGGGCAGAACGGGACCGGGCUCGGCCCCGGCGGGGCCGAACCGAGCCGGGCUGGGCCAUGGCCCGGUGCACCGGGACGGGAAGAACGGGACCGGGCUCGGCCCCGGCCGGGCCGUACCCGAGCUGAGCCGUGCCAAGACGACUGGGCAGAGCGUACCCGGCCUGAGCCGUGCCAAGACGACUGGGCAGAGCGUACCCGAGCUGAGCAGUGUCAAGGCGGACCUUGACCCGGCUGGGCAGUGCCGGGCCGCCAAGAACAAGGAAACGGGCGCUUUGGCAGCUGCCAAGGUCAUCGAGACCAAGAGUGAGGACGAGCUGGAGGAUUACAUGGUGGAGAUUGAGAUCCUGGCCACCUGCGACCACCCCCACAUCGUCAAGCUGCUGGGAGCCUUCUACUGGGAUGGCAAACUCUGGAUCAUGAUCGAGUUCUGCCCCGGCGGGGCCGUGGAUGCCACGAUGCUGGAGCUGGACCGGGGCCUGACUGAGCCUCAGAUCCAGGUGAUUUGCCGCCAGAUGUUGGAGGCUCUCCACUACCUGCACAGCAAAAAGAUCAUCCACAGGGACCUGAAGGCUGGCAACGUGCUCCUCACCCAGGAUGGGGACAUCAAGCUGGCUGACUUUGGAGUGUCUGCCAAGAACAUGAAAACCCUGCAGAAGCGAGAUUCCUUCAUUGGGACCCCUUACUGGAUGGCCCCGGAGGUGGUGAUGUGUGAGACCAUGAAGGACACCCCCUACGACUACAAGGCUGACAUCUGGUCCCUGGGGAUCACCCUGAUCGAGAUGGCCCAGAUUGAGCCCCCCCACCACGAGCUGAACCCCAUGAGGGUCCUGCUGAAGAUCGCCAAGUCCGACCCGCCCGCGCUCAGCUGCCCUUCCAAAUGGUCCCUGGAGUUCAGAGAUUUCCUGAAGAAGGCGCUGGACAAGAACCCAGAGACCCGGCCCAGUGCUGCCCAGCUGCUGGAGCAUCCCUUCGUCAGCAAGGUCAGCAGCAACAGGGCCCUGCGGGAGCUGGUGGCCGAGGCCAAGGCUGAGGUGAUGGAGGAGAUCGAGGACAGCCGGGAUGAAGCCGAGGAGGAUGACUCCUCGGAGUCUGCCUCGCCCCCCGGGAAGCACAAGCGGGACUCCUCCGAGGUGAGCCAGCUGAGUUUGGAUGGGGAGAAACCUCCGGAGCCGUCCUUGCCCAAAGCUGUGAACGGCUCCGUGGGGACUGGCAAGGACACCACAGAGGGUCAGAGCCACCAAGUCUCAGAUAAAGGGAUGAGCAGUGACAAGCUGGAGAGCAACCACUCCACAAAACCCAGCUCGGCCUCCUCGGCCACCCCGGACAUCAUCCUGCAGCCAGGACAUUUGGGAAACUCAGCGGAGGGAAACAAGGAGCCCAGGCUGGGCAGGGAGGAGAGGAAGAGCCUUGGAGAGAGGAAGAGCAUUGAGGAGGGGAAGAGUCUUGAGGAGAGGAAGAGCCUUGGGGAGAGGAAGAGCAUUGAGGAGAGGAAGAGCAUUGUGGAGGGGAAGAGUCUUGGAGAGAGGAAGAGUCUUGGAGAAAGGAAGAGCACUGAGGAGAGGAAGAGCAUCGGGGAGAGGAAGAGCACUGAGGAGAGGAAGAGCAUCGGGGAGAGGAAGAGCAUGGUGGAGCGACCAGAGAGUGUUUUCCUGGAGAACUUCAGCGAGGAGAAGCUGGCCAAUGGAAGCCUGGAGCCCCUGGGGCCGUUCCCCCGCUCCAAAAGGGACUCGGAUUCCGGCAGCACCUCGGCCUCCGAGAGCAUGGACCUCACCAUCUCCUUGUCUGCUGACCUGUCCCUCAACAGGGAGAGCGGCUCCAUCUCCCUCAAGGACUCCCAGAUGCACAAGAAGACCCUGAAACGCACCCGCAAGUUCGUGGUGGACGGGGUGGAGGUGAGCGUCACCACCUCCAAGAUCAUCAGCGAGGACGAGAAGAAGGAUGAAGAAAUGAGGUUCCUCAGGCGCCAGGAGCUGCGGGAGCUGCGUCUCCUGCAGAAGGAGGAGCACAGGAACCAGGCCCAGCUGAACAGCAAGCACCAGCUGCAGCAGGAGCAGAUGCUGCGGCGCUUCGAGCAGGAAAUGAUGGCAAAGAAGAAGUUCUUCGACACGGAGCUGGAGAACCUGGAGCGGCAGCAGAAGCAGCAGAUCGAGAGGAUGGAGCAGGAGCACGCCCUGCGGCGGCGCGAGGAGGCCAAGCGCAUCCGCCUGGAGCAGGAGCGCGACCACGGCCGCUUCCUGGAGCACCUCCGGCAGAUGAAGAAGGAGGUCAAGAACGAGGUUGAGAAGCUGCCACGGCAGCAGCGCAAAGGGAACCUGAAGACGAAGAUGGACGACUUCACCCAGAAAAAACAAACCAUGGAACAGGAGUUUUUGGCCAAGCAGAAGGAGGACCUGGAGCAGGCCAUGAAAAACAUCAUAGCCCAGAACAAAAGAGAGAUCUGUGACAAGGAGCGUGAGUGCCUCAACAAGAAGCAGCAGCUGAUGAGAGACCGGGAAGCUUGCAUCUGGGAUCUGGAAGAGCGUCAGCAGCAGGAGAAGCACCAGCUCAUCAAGCAGCAGCUGAAGGACCAAUAUUUCCUCCAGAGACACGAGCUGCUCCGGAAGCAUGAGAAGGAGAGGGAGCAGAUGCAGCGCUACAACCAGCGCAUGCUGGAGCAGCUGAAGGUGCGGCAGCAGCAGGAGAGGGCCCGGCUGCCCAAAAUCCAGCGCAGCGAGGGCAAGACGCGCAUGGCCAUGUACAAGAAGAGCCUCCACAUCCACUCCAGCGGCAGCGCCUCCGAGCAGAGGGAGAAGAUCAAACAGUUUGCUCUGCAGGAGGAGAAGAGGCAGAAAGCAGAGCGGCUGCACCAGCAGCAGAAGCACGAGACACAGAUGAAGGACAUGCAGGCCCAGUGUGAGAGCAACACCAGCGAGCUCCAGCAUCUCCAGAAUGAGAAGUGUCACCUCCUGAUCGAGCACGAAACCCAGAAGCUGAAGUCCCUGGAUGAGAGCCACAACCAGCACAUGAAGGAGUGGCGGGACAAGCUGAGACCACGGAAGAAGGCCCUGGAGGACGAGCUGAACCAGAAGAAGCGUGAGCAGGAGAUGUUCUUCAAGCUGAGCGAGGAGCCCGAUGGACAGGUGCCGGUGUCCCCGACCAAACACGCCAAGUUCGUCCCCUUCAGCUCCUCAGAGAGCUUGUAACACCUGGCAGGCCACCAGCUGGUACUGGCCGUGUCCUCCUGGGCUGCAGCUUGGGGACAACUCGGACUGGGAAGAGCCUCUCGGCAGCCCCUUC